GGUGCGAGUAAUGUAAUAAAUUAUAAGGAAGUCGAAAAAAUAAAUAGAAUAUUAUGUAAACGGAUAGAAGAACAAGAGAACUAUGGUUUACAGGAGUUAAAUUACGAAUUGUUAAGAUAAAGAGAUUCAUUAAAAAUUGAAGCAGAUAAUAAUUCAGAAACCAUUUUUAUUAAUGUUUAAAGAGAGUAGCUGUCUUUGAAAGAUAAUUUAUAAAAAAUCUGUUAAUCUGUAAUAGAUUCUAAAAAAUAUUUAAAAUAAAAAUUUAACAAUAGUCCUGGGUCCAUACAUUGCUAUUUGUAUAUACAUAAGUAAUUAGCAUGGCCCCGCCACCUAUUCCAGCUCAUAGAAAGGUGAAGUUGGUCACAGCAUUAAAGAACAAGCUAUCAGAACAAACUUCUAAGCUCCAAGUUAAGCAUCAUGCAGAAAAUGAUCUUUUAGAAGAUAUACGAUCAUACACAAAGUUUAGAGCAGCUGCUGAAAAAGAAUAUGCUCAGGCUCUUUUGAAAAUAACUACUCAAUUGUUAGCAAAAGUUCAAGUUAAAGAUGAAGAGGAAGAAAAAAAAUUACCUGAUGGUCUUUGGCGUAAAGUACUUAAAGAAACAGAAAAUCUUGCAAACUCGCGUAUGAAAAUAGGUCAAACAAUGAUUAGUGUUUCAGAAAGCAUUAAGACUUUAAAAAGUGAAAGAGUAAUCACAAUGAAAAAGAGUACUGCAAUAGCAGAAAGAAUCCAUGAAGAACUACAAGCAUCAGCUGCUGAACUCAUCAAAAGUCAAAAGGUAUACAUGGAGGCAGAAAAAUUAACUCUACAAGCAAAGGAACAAGCUGCAGAAGCUCAAGAACGAUUGAAAAAAGGUUCUGUUGGUUUAUUUUCUUCAAGAGCAAAGUUAGAAAAGACUUCAACCAAGGCAAAUGAAAAAUAUGAAGUUUGUGAAAAAAGAUCAACGAUUGCUCGCAAUGACUAUCUACUGAUGCUGGCUGCUAUCAAUGCUGAACAGCAUAAGUACUACAAGAAUGAUUUACCAGGAUUAAUCGCUAUGCAGGAUGGUAAUAUUUAUGAAAGUUUUCGAAAUUUUUACACUAUAUUAACAAAUGCUGAAAUAGAUGCAUGUAACCAGAAUCUUUCCAAUUUUCGAAAGCUGGAAGAAGAUGUGUCACAGCUUAACAAAGUUUAUGCAUUAGAUUAUUUUCACAAAAAAAAUCCUGUAUUUUCACAGUAUGAUACCUAUUCUUUCAAACCAGUAACAGGUGACAAGAUUUCGAGUAUUAGUUUAGAAUAUGGCGCCAGUGCUGUUCUUGAUAAAGAAGCAAGGAAAUGGACUCUUCGCUAUGUUAGAGAACAAAAUAUGAUUAAAAAGAAGCAGAAACAACUUUCUUCUCUUCAAUCGGAUAAUAACAAUGAAACAGCUCCUGAUCUCAAUCCUGAAGCUUUUAAAUUAAAAGAACAAAAUAUAGAAGCAUUAGUUGAAGAAAUUCGUCAUCUAGAGGUGUUAAUAGUAAAGGCUGAGGGAAGGAUUCAAUCUAUGAGACUUGCUGGAGUUAAUGUUGAUGAGUGGCUUCAAAGUUCAUUAUUAGAAAAACAAUCAGAUGAUGACGAUGAUGACAAUCCUGAUGAUGCUAAUGAUGACAGUAGAUUCAGCAGUGGAAAUAAUGAUGACUUUGAUGACAAUGAGUUUCCUGAUGAAGAAAAAACUUCAUAUCUUUACACACCUGUUAUACCUGAUGAUACAUUAUCUGUUACAUCAUCAAUUGAUCAACAAAGAGUCUGUGUUACACAUGCGCUUGCUUUGUACACAUUUCAGUCUACAUCUCAGGAAGAGAUUUCAAUCUCCAGUGGGGAAAAGAUAGAAAUUAUAGAGUAUGAAGGUGAUGGGUGGUGUAAGGUGCGUAAUAAUGCAGGUCAAGUUGGGUAUGUUCCAGAAGCAUAUAUUCAACUAAUCGAUGCUAAAAAUACUAGUACAGAAGACGAAUUCAUAUGUUAUGCGAAAGCUUUAUAUGAUUACGAUGCGUGCGAAGAAGAAGAGCUUUCGUUUAAGGAAGGUGACUUCAUUAAAGUUAUAAGUCAGCAAGUUGACGACGAUGAUGGAUGGUGGAUGGGUAUUUACGAAGACCGGAAAGGUAUUUUUCCAAAUAUUGUUGUUGAAGUUGUUGAUAAUAGUUAGCAAUUGAAAUGGAAACUUUUUUCUUUAUUGUUGCUUACAAAUAAAGAAUUUUAUUGUUUUGUUUUAAUAAAGCAAUUUUAUCCUAUAAAUCUAUUUAUGAAUGUUGAAGAAGCUGUAAAGUUGUCUAGUACAAUUUAUUAUUUUAUUUAUUUAUUUUGACUUUACCGAUUUUAAUAAAAAAUGGAUUUUGAUUUAAACAAAAAAAGAAACCAAGUAAUCAAAUCAUAAA